AGCUCUCGCAGCCAAUGGGGAUCCGAGCGCACUUUGGCAUGGCGGCGCCGGGGAGGCAGGAGUUCCUGGGUCCUUGCCAUGCUGGGCUUUCUCUCCGCCCGCCAGGCGGGACUGGACGAUCCGCUAAGGCUUCGCCGGGCUGAGUCGACCAGGAGGGUGCUGAGCUUGGAAAUAAACAAGGACAAGUAUGUAGAUAGGAGCCAUGAAAGUGGCGUCAAUACCUUGGAUAUUGAACCUAUUGAAAAUCGAUAUAUGUUAUCAGGUGGUUCAGAUGGUGUAAUUGUAUUAUAUGACCUUCAGAACUUGAGCAGAAAUUCAUGCUAUACCUGUAAAGCAGUUUGCACUGUGGGAAGAAGCCACCCUGAUGUUCACAAAUUCAGCGUUGAGACAGUUCAGUGGUACCCCCAUGACACUGGCAUGUUUACAUCAAGUUCAUUUGAUAAAACGCUAAAAAUCUGGGACACAAAUACAUUACAACCUGCAGAUGUGUUUAAUUUUGAGGAAACUGUAUACAGUCACCAUAUGUCUCCUAUUGCUACCAGGCAUUGCUUAAUUGCAGUUGGUACCAAAAGCCCCAAAGUACAGCUUUGCGAUUUGAAGUCUGGAGCUUGUUCUCACAUCCUGCAGGGUCACAAAAAGGAGGUUCUAGCAGUAUCUUGGUCACCACGUUACGAAUACAUUUUAGCAAGUGCAAGUGCUGACAGUAGAGUGAAGUUGUGGGAUGUGAGGAAGGCUUCUGCUUGUCUGCUUACUCUUGAUCAACAUAAUGGUGAGAAGUCAAAAGCAUCUUCUGAAACAGUAAAUACUGCUCACAAUGGAAGAGUUAACGGCUUGUGUUUUACAAAUGAUGGGCUUCACCUUCUGACAACUGGUACAGAUGACCGCAUGAGGCUCUGGAACAGCUCCAGUGGGAAGAAUACAUUGGUAAAUUAUGGGAAGGUGUGCAACGAAAGUAGAAAAGGACUCAAAUUCACUGUCUCUCAUGGCUGCAGUCCAGAAUUUGCAUUUGUGCCAUAUAAUAGUACUAUUGCCAUUUAUACAAUUUAUUCAGGAGACCUAAUGACUAUACUUAGAGGACAUUUUAGUUCAGUUGACUGCUGUGUAUUCCAGCCUUAUCUUCAGGAGCUGUAUAGCAGUGGCAGAGAUGGCAAUAUCCUUGCCUGGGUGCCGUCUUUGAGAGAGCCGGAGCCUGAUGAUACCUCUGAAGAGUUAUCCCAACAGCAUCAACAGAAUCCUGCAUAUAAAGAUGCUUGGAGCAGCAGUGAUGACGAUGAUGGAUGAAUUCCUAACAAACUGUUGACAGUUGUGCACUAUUUCCUGAAAGAACUGCUGAAGGCAAGGAUGAGAGACCUCCCACUCAUGGGCCAAAAUCAGACUGCCUCAUUCAAUCUGCAGGGCUUCAGACAAAGAGAGAGGACAGGGCAGGAGAGCCAAUCCUUAAGAUGUGUUCCUCAAGGCUACAGCUUGAUUCUGUUUGGUUUGUCCUUCAUCUUCCCCAGUUGGAAAAAACCUACGGGAAAAUCCAGGAUGGCUCAGGAUUCAUCUGAUCUCUGAGGAGCAGCUCACAUGUCCAGUAGGUAUGGUCAGUACGUACUUGAGUCCUGGAACUGAGGGAGGUGCUUUUAACGGACAUCAAGCAGCCCUCUGAACCGUCCAUGAAAAGUCUGAGAUGGAAAAGGACUUAGAUAUGAACUUAAUUGUCUCCACUGAUGUCCCGAGUCCUAAAUUGUAAAACAUACAAUUUUAUAAAACAUUUACUUUUAUGUUUGUGUUUUCUGCUGUUUUUUAAAUCACUGUUUAUGUUCUUUUUAUGCCUUUCUGCUUUAUCCUUCUCAAAUUUUAGCUAAAACCCAUGUUUAUUACUCAGUUUAAAAUAAACUGGGUUGUCCUGCUCUUCUUUUUUGUUUGUCCAAAGGGCACUCCUUCUGUCUUUCUAUAUUUUAUUUUAGGAGAACAUACACCAUUGUUACAUGUUCACUGCCAGUCUGUAUCAUAUUAUGGGUGAUAUUCCAAAAUUAUGCCUUUCCUUCUUUGUUGAGACUGGGAACUGCUGUAUGAGACUGGCAUGUCAUUUCUAUAUUCUCAGCACAUAGAGCUCAAUUGUUUUUCUUCAGAUUGUCUUAUCUUGGAAUAUUUUUGAAUAGUAUAACAGCUGAAAUGCUGCUUUGCACACUACCCUUGUAGCAAAUCUGCAUGAUUAAAUCACCAAAUAUUACAAAACCCACAUUAAAUAAUAGUACAGUAGAGUCUCACUUAUCCAAGCUAAACGGGCUGGCAGAAGCUUGGAUAAGCGAAUAUGUUGGAUAAUAAGAAGAGAUUAAGGAAAAGCCUAUUAAACAUCAAAUUAGGUUAUGAUUUUACAAAUUAAGCACCAAAACAUCAUGUUUUACAACAAAUUUGACAGAAAAAGCAGUUCAAUACGCAGUAAGUAAUGUUAUGUUGUAAUUACUGUAUUUAUGAAUUUAGCACCAAAAUAUCAUGUUAUAUUGAAAACAUUGACUACAAAAAUGUCUUGGAUAAUCCAGAAUGUUGGAUAAGUGAGUGUUGGAUAAGUGACUCUACUGUACUUGGUUACAGUAAAUAUGUCUCCUUAGAUCUGUGUUAAUGUCAAUUCUAAAGCAGCCUAUUUUGUAAUUAGCUCACAUAUUAAAAUAAAUGUUGAUCCAUGAA